AUGUCAGACUAUGAAGAUGAGAUGGACUUGGAUGGACCCUCGUCCAAAGACAAGUCAAUCCUAUUCAGUCCAGACAACACAGCUGGAAAGCAGAAGCGAAUAGCGGCAGACUUGCCAGUGGAGGCAGGGGACAACCUACCAUGGGUUGAGAAAUACCGGCCAAACACACUUGAAGACGUUUCCGGUCAUCAAGAUAUCCUCGCAACUAUUAACAGAUUCGUGGAACAUAACAGACUUCCCAAUCUUCUCCUGUACGGACCUCCGGGCACAGGUAAAACGUCGACGAUUCUUGCAUUGGCGCGGCAAAUAUAUGGAGUAAAGAAUAUGCAACAGAUGGUGUUGGAACUUAACGCGUCAGAUGAUCGUGGGAUUGACGUUGUGAGAGAACAAAUCAAGACUUUUGCCUCUACAAGACAAAUUUUCAGUGUUUCGACGCAGCAAACCACCUCAGCGGCCAAAUUCGGCCUCGGAGCCUUCAAACUGAUUAUUCUUGAUGAGGCCGACGCGAUGACAUCCGCGGCCCAGAUGGCCCUUCGAAGAAUCAUGGAAAAGUACAUCGCCAACACCCGGUUCUGCAUCAUCGCAAACUACACACAUAAACUGUCUCCGGCGUUGUUGUCACGAUGUACGAGAUUUCGCUUUUCUCCUCUGAAAGAGGCCGAUAUCCGUCGACUGGUGGACCGUGUAGUAGCAGAGGAACAUGUCAACAUUACCCCCGAAGCAAUCGAUUCUCUGGUUAAACUGUCCAAGGGAGACAUGCGUCGCGCUUUGAAUGUUCUUCAAGCUUGUUAUGCAGGUUCCAGGCCACUUCCCAUGCGAGGCGAGGCACCAAUUAAAGAAUCCGACAUCAAGCACGAGUUGAUCACAAACGACACAAUCUACCACUGUGUUGCCGAGCCCCACUCCGAAGAUAUUCGAUUGAUCAUGACGACCAUGUUGAGUACGCCAGAUGUAACGAGCUGUCUCAAUACGAUCAAUUCUUUGAAGAGCACUCGUGGUCUUGCACUGGCAGAUAUACUGACAGCGUUGGCUGAAGAGCUGCAGACUCUCGAAGUCAGUCCCGCUACGAGGGUGACAUGGCUGCAAGGUCUGGCCGAAAUUGAAUAUCGACUGGCUGGAGGGGGUAGUGAAGGUGUACAAACAGGCGGGAUGGUCGGUGUGGUAAGGACUGGAUGUGAGUUGAUGGGAGAGAAAGGAAUUGGAGAGAAGAUGAGCGUUGAUGGAUGA